AUGGCUUUUCUAGUUGCUUCUCCAUUUUUCGUGACAUUCGUAAAUAUUUACUUGCUAUUGUGAAUAGUGCUGAAUUAUUUGCAGGAGUUAAAGCAAAUAAAUUCGGACGGGAAAAAUUUUAAAAAGUUUGAAAAUGAACAGUGACGAUGUGGUUGACUUUUAUCCAAAAUCUCCUGAGACGCGCGGAAUGACUACGCGAAUAGUUUAUGUUUGCAAUAUGUGUUUUCGCCAAUAUAUGCUGGUGGAGGAUUUGCGUGGACAUAUGAUUGAAUAUCACAAAUUUAGACCGAAAAUAGAAGCUCAGCCAAGGGCGGAGAAAAAAAUUGCAUUAAAAAAUUCUGAAAAUGUCCAAGCAGCAGUAGAAGAAAAAUUAACGGAUAUAUCAGAGCCUCAGAUUGAUCCAGCACCAACGGAGGUGCUUAUACCCGAAAUACGCCCAAUGCCGUUUAAAAAUUUCAGAAUUGUAUUGCGCUCCAAAAUGACAUUGCGCUGCCCAGUAACGCAUUCCUGUCCUUACAAAUUCGAGAGUGAAAAUAAAUUGUCUUUGCACACCAAAUGCCAUGUUAAUGCGACCUUAAUACAGAAAUUCAAAUGCUAUGAAUGUGAUGUUGAGCUGACAAAGUGGCGAAGUUGCUCUGCACAUUUGUGGAAAGCACAUCAAGUAGACGUGGACCUAUUGCACUGCCCGCAAUGUGAAUACAAAGCACAUGCCUCAGUGCUCGUCUGGCGUCACAUGAGGGUGCACAAAAAGUGGCGUACUCGAGUUCUACGUUCGCUACGUGCCGUUCAAAGGAAACGUCUGCAGCAAGAUGCAAACAAAUCCGAUAAACUUAUAGUUCAAGCGGCGCCGGUAAACAGAAAUAGGUACUAUGCAGAAAAGACCUGUGACAUUUGUGGUCGUAAAUUCGUGAAUGGUAAAACGCUUUCGAAGCAUGUCAAAGCGGUACAUAAUAAAAUCAAACCAUUCAUUUGCAAUGUAUGCGGCAAGAAAACGGCGCGUAAGGCUAGCUUGAUUAUACACAUGCGCCAACAUACGGGCGAAAAACCAUUACAUUGCAAGACGUGUAAGUUUUCGACCCGAGAUCCUAGUGUUUUACAUAAACAUCAGCAGCGGCAUGAAAAAGCUCAAAAACUUAAUUGCAAGCUUUGCGAUUUUUCUUGCAUACAAACCAGCGCUUACAAGCGUCAUAUGCGUUUGAAUCAUGUGGAAGAGUACAGAAAGAUUGCAUGUGAUUUGUGCAAUUAUGUCACAAUAAGCGCAGAGCGGCUGCAGGUGCAUAAAAGUGACCAUCGUAAGGGACUAAUUGUUAAUCACGAAGAUUCCAUGGAUGCGACAUGUGCUGGAGCUUCGAAAAAUCCACUUAAAUUACGUGAUAAAAAUGAGAUGUCUGCUGAUUGUUUCUUACCGAUUGAAAGUAUUGAUUCGCUGCCGCAUGAGCCUGCUGUUGAUACUGGUGGCGUGACAAUACCAGCACCUUCUGAAGACACACAGUUUCCCACCUACUUAAAUAAUUAAAUAAAAUAAAACCAGUGCUUUCUUUAUAAACAUUUUCCAUUUCCUUUAUUUACUUUUAUUUAUUUCAAUUCUUAUGAUAUGAUUUCAACUUUUUAAAUAUUUAUGUAUUAAUUAUAUACCAUUCUAUUUUUGUAAUUUACUGCACUAAGACUGAAAAAAAUCUCGCUAAAUUUUUUUUUUUUUUAAUUACGAACUUUAUUAAUUUCUUUAAUUAUUUUUUUACCGUUCAAUCUUUAAUGCAUUUGUUUUUUUUUUUGUUGUUGUUAAUGAACUGUUUAAAAAUUUGGAUUUAAUGGUUUUUCUUUAAAUUCACUAGUUUAAUAGUUUUAUUACAUUGAAUUAUUUCUUAACCAUUUAAACUUUUGCUGGCUGAGUUUUCAGAGACGCGCAUCCUAUAAUUUUCAAUUCGAACGCUUUUGUUAUUUAAUAUGUAUUUUUAGUUUCGUAUAUCUUUAAUUGCAAUUGAAUGCCUUUAAGUUGAAAUAUUCAUGUUUUACUUAAACAAUUGUAAAUUUAUGUCUCAAAACCUAAAAUAUUCUUCUAAAUGUUCUACAUUCUUCCGAAUCGCUUUGUGAACAUGUUUUAUAUACACUGAUAAUGAGUUACAGUAUAAUUUGAGCAGUAUAUGUAUGUGCAUCUCACAAGAAUGUAUGUUUGCAUUUGCUUCCUUCACUUAUAACUUUUUUACUAUAUUGAUUUUUUUUGUAUGUAAUUUGUUGAAAAAUAAUUUUAUAGUUUUUUAUAUUACGUUUUUUUAUUUUGUUUUUUAAUAUAAAUAGCGCUAAGAAUAAAUAUUUUACUUAUGCAUUUCAUUUCUAAGUAUUCAUCUCGUUCCUUUACCAUUUAUUUGCUUACCCUCAAAAUAGUUUACAGAGUUAACAUAAAUAUGUAUUUAAUUUGUGAUUUUAUUGUCUGCGUAUGUUUGUAUUUGAUUUAAAACUUCUUGUAAAUAUGUAUGCAUGCUCAUGCUCUAUAUAUUUUCGCUAGUAUGUACGCUUUUAAGUCUAAUUUGAAACUUUAAUGUAAACAAAGUUCGAAUUUUGGCCUCAAAUAAAACAAACAAAUAAAAUA